ACAUUCUGUGUGAACCGGAAGUUAUUCCCAUACAAAGAGCAGGAGCGGUUUGUCGUAUGUCACAUGAGAUACCAUAAAUUAAUAACGAUAAUAGUGUUGCCACGUAAAAUUACAGCAUAUACUUGUAUGCACAGCUCCACAAUUACUGGAAAUAUCUGUUGAUCGUGAAGAGUCCGAUUUUCCUCCGUACAAUCGUACUGUUAUGCUUUGUGAUGGUGAGUGAGGUAGGCAUUCUGGAGAAGUGUCACACCCAUACAAGUGGAGGCUAUCGUUGCGCAGUUGGCUUUGCUUUCCUAGCCCGAUUGUCACCGACUUUCAAAUAACUGUCAGCGGCUGGGGCAGAAUACAUUGGAGUACCAGUACAACCACAGUGUCGUGCCAACACAUUUUAUAUCGACACGGGCAGUUGACAGUUAUCACUUGAGCGCCAAUUUAUUUAGAGAGCCAUAUCCCAAGAUCCAUAUCCCAAUGGCACUGGACUCAAGAUCUGGUAAUGGAGAAGAUGGAGCGGAGGAAACCGAAGCGAUUACUAAAGCCUGUGUUAUUGAUGGGUUCACCCACAGUGACGAAGCACGGUCACUUAUCGCCAGUUUACCUGAUGUUUACGAGCAUUUGGCAAAAACCGAAUCCACGAUGCAAAGAUUCCUGGUUAUAAUGGAUGCAUACCUGGAGCAACCCCAUCUUCUGGACCCACAUUUAGAAUGGAUGGUGAACAUGUUGCUGGACUAUAUCAGGAGUGAGAAGACCCCGCCUCUUCUUCUUCACCUUGAAUUCAAAUUUCUCAACAUCAUCUCCAAGGUCAGAGGGUAUAAGAUCUUCAUGCAGCUCUUGCCUCACGAGGUGGCAGAUAUGCAGCCUGUUUUGGACCUGCUCUGCAGACAAGACCCACAAGACUCAGAAACAUGGGAGACCCGCUACAUGCUUCUCCUCUGGCUCUCCAUGACCUGUCUCAUCCCCUUUGACCUGUCUCGCCUGGACGGCAAUUUGAACUCUGACCCUGGUCAAGUUCGGGAGUCCAUCAUGGACCGCAUCCUGGCUGUUGCCAAGUCCUACCUGACAGUCAGCGACAAGUCCAGGGAUGCAGCAGCAGUGCUUGUGUCAAAGUUUGUGACCCGGCCUGAUGUGAAGCAGAAGCGGCUGGGAGAUUUCCUUGACUGGAGCCUGUCAGUCAUCGCCCAGACCAGUCACCUCACCAUGGAGGGCAACAUCAUCCUGGACGGGGCUCUGCAGUCUCUGGCCCAGUUAUUCAAGCAUGGGAAGAGGGAUGACUUGCUUCCAUACGCCUCCACGGUGCUCCAGUGCCUGGAUAAGAAGUGUCUGGGGGAGAGUGGGCAGGCCAAGCUGAGGAAGCUGUGUGUGAAGCUGGUGCAGAGGCUGGGCCUCACCUUCCUCAAGCCACGCGUCGCCCGCUGGAGGUACCAGAGAGGCAGUAGAUCCUUGGCUCUGAACCUGGCCCAGUCAACUUCCUCCACUCCAGCCGUGGCCACCACUCCUGACGACUCAGUCCAGGACGAGGACUAUGACAUUCCAGAGGAGGUGGAGAACGUUAUUGAGCAACUCCUCGUUGGACUGAAGGACAAGGACACUAUUGUUCGCUGGUCAGCUGCCAAGGGAAUUGGAAGGGUGACUGGCAGACUCCCAAAAGAACUGGCAGAUGAAGUGGUUGGUUCAGUGCUGGACUGUUUCAGUUUUCAGGAGACUGAUAAUGCCUGGCAUGGUGGCUGCUUGGCGUUGGCAGAGCUUGGCAGAAGGGGACUGCUACUGCCCUCUCGUCUGCCUGAUGUGGUCCCACUGAUCCUGAAGGCCUUGACAUACGAUGAGAAGAGGGGGGCGUGUAGUGUUGGCUCCAAUGUACGCGAUGCCGCCUGCUACGUAUGCUGGGCCUUCGCCAGGGCCUACGAACCCGUUGAACUCAAGCCCUUUGUCGACCAGAUUGCCAGUGCUCUGGUGAUCACAGCUUUGUUUGACCGGAAUGUGAAUUGCAGAAGAGCAGCCUCGGCUGCGUUUCAGGAAAAUGUCGGUAGACAGGGCACGUUCCCACAUGGCAUAGACAUUCUGACAGCGGCCGACUACUUUGCUGUUGGACACCUCAGCAACUGCUACCAUUCCAUCAGUGUGUACGUCGCCAGCUUCUCGGAGUACACCCAGCCCAUGAUCGACCACCUGGUGGCCAUGAAGAUCAACCACUGGGACGGGGCGAUCAGAGAGCUGGCUACCAAAGCCCUGCAUAAUCUCACCCCCCAGGUGCCGGACUACAUGGCCAAUACAGUGUUGCCUCAGCUGCUGCCCAUGGCAAAUGGGAUGGACAUGCACACUCGCCAUGGUGCCAUACUGGCCUGUGCGGAGAUCACCCAUGCCCUCUACAAGCUCAGCUCCCAGGACAACAAGCCGGUGACAGAGCUGCUAUCGCCAGAAUCAGUGGAGGGCCUGAGAGGCAUCCACCAGAAGUUGGCGGACAAGAAGCAAUACAGGGGCUUUGGAGGAGAGCUGAUGAGGCCGGCAGUGUGUGUCUUGAUUGAGAAGAUGUCACUAUCCAAGAUGCCUUUUAAAGGAGAUCCUGUUAUUGAGGGCUGGCAGUGGCUAAUAGAUGACAGCCUGAAGAGCCUUCAUCUCUUCUCCAGUGGAGCUAAACAGGGCAUCAAGGAGGCUGCUGUUUCCGCUCUGGCCUCUCUCUGUAAUGAGUACUAUCAGGUGGAGCCAGGAGUGGCGGACACACAUAUGCAAGAGUUGCUGGUGAGCCAGUACACUGAGGCUCUGAGGAGUACUGAGGUGCUGACGCGCUGUGGCUGUGCCCUGGCCCUCGGCUCCCUCCCCAGCUUCAUCAUGCAAGGAAAACUACAGCAGGUGAGGGCGGGUCUUGAUCUGGCCUGCACCAUCUCCCAAAAGGAUGUUGGCUUCACAGAGGGCAGGAGGGACGCAGUCACAGCCCUGGCACAGGUGUGUGAGACGGUAGGCGUGGAUGCGGAGGGCUCUCCUGACCGUGUGCUGUGUGGGGAGAACGUGCCUCUGGUCUACUCCACACUGCUGGACUGCAUGAGGGACUACAGCACAGACAGCCGCGGAGACGUCGGAGCCUGGGUGCGAGAGGCAGCCAUGACCAGUCUGAUGAAGGUGACCCUUCUGAUAGCUGCUUCUGCUCCACAACUCCUCUCUCCUGACAUAGUCCGCCAGAUGAUGUGCAGUGUGUCUCAGCAGGCGGCUGAGAAGAUCGAUCGUUACCGUGCCCACGCCGGCUCAGUCUUCCUGUCCCUUCUGCACAGCACUCAGCCCGCAGUACCCCACAUCCCCCACCAGGAGGAGCUGCUUAGCAUCUUCCCGCCGGAUAUGGCAAGCUCUUUGAACUGGAAUGCCCCAUCCCAGGCCUUCCCCCACAUCACCCAGCUGCUGCGGCUGCCCACCUAUGAGUACCACACACUGCUGGGCCUCACCGUCUCCGUGGGGGGGCUCACUGAGUCUACGAUCCGCUUCUCCUCACAGUCCCUGUUCGACUACCUGAAGGGGAUCCAGCAGGACGCGGCCGCUCUGGGCCAGUUCGGCUCCACACUCCUGCGCAUCUUCAAAGACCACCAGCGCAACGACAGGGUGUCGGUGCCUUUACUGAAGAUGGUGGACCAAAUGCUGGCCAGCGGCUCCUUUGACCUUUUCACCAGUGAAGAAGAUCAUCCGUUCUGUGUGGACCUUCUGGCGCUCUGUAAGGCGGAGGUCAGGAAGUCCAAAGAUGUCCAGAAGUUGAGGUGUUGCACAGCUGUGUACUGUGGCAUGAUGCAGUUCCAGGGCAGUGUGAGGAAAAGUGUCCUGCUGCAGCUGUUGAUGCUUCUCUGCCACCCCUUCCCUGUGGUGAGGAAGACCACGGCGGGGCAGAUGUAUGAGAUGGUCCUGACGUACGAUGACGCGGUGGACCCUGCUGUGCUGGACGACGUCAUGGCCCUGCUCAGUGACACCAACUGGGAGAAUUCGGUAGAAACGGUCCGCACCCAUCGGAACCAGCUCUGCGACUGGCUUGAAGUGCCUAGACCAACACUAGUAGCCAAGAACCCUGCACAAUGAGAGUGAAUCCCCGAGUGGAAGUGGUGGUCUGCGGGCGUGACGUGACCAACACAGCAAGCAUUGUUGUCUGUCUGUCUGCAUGUUUGUCUGACUGUCUGACUGUCUGGAGGUUAGGUGUCUUUGCCGAGGAAAUGUGUGAAUGUGGCUGUAACCAUGUUGGUCCACCAUGUCAUGUUUACAAAUAAAGCCAAACAAAAGGAAAUGCA